AUGAGCUUCAACCCCGAUCCCGAUCAUACCUUCCGGACUCAAUUGCCGCCUCAGCUGGGGUCUCAGUCGAGCGCCGAAGAGUGCCGAGUCGAUCUCGAUGGCGACGAUGAUUCUGAACCCAGCGUGUGCGACGACGCCGACUCGAGCGGUGGAGUGUGGGUUGACGAGGACGCUGAGGAAGAGACCGUCGAGGCUGCAAAGCUUGCUGCGGGCGCAGAGGCUGCUGACGAGGACCCAUGGGGGUCGACUGUGUCACCGACAGAGGAAAAGCUGGAAGCGGUGACUGCGCGGAGACUGGAGCGGGAAGCACAGAUAGACGCCUUUGGAUCUCGCUUACUCCCCAGCAGCAGAUGGUCCGGGUUUCAGAAGACCGGGAAGGACGCUAUGCAUUGGAUCGGAACCCACCCCAAGACGUCCAUCGCCGCACUCGCUGCCUUGGGUAUGGCCGCGCGGCACGCCAGCUACAUCGGUACAGAGUACCUGAGCGGUGGCGGUGACAGCAAUCGCAGCAUGUUGGAGAUCGUCUCGGCUGCCGAAGGGAAAUUGGUCGCGGAUGGGAAAGCGACGAAUGCCGCGACCAAGGACACGAUGAACAGUGCUGCGUCAUGGGUGAGGAGCACGUGCGGCGAUGUCGUUGGUGGGCCGGUGCCAAAGUGGGUGCAGAAGUUUGGAGACACCCUGAUUGGUACGGGAGGCGCAGCCUUCUGA